CGUCCUCCCUUCUUUGUCAGUUUCAGACUCGUACUCCUUUCUCUAAACAAAGAAGGGAGAAGAAGAAGAAACUAAACUUGUUGUUUCUUCGCUUCUCUCUUCUCUUAUCAUUAGCAGAUUACCAUUAAAAUACUUUUCUGAGGUCGAAGAUACUAUCAAUGGCGACGCGUUCGCAUGCUCUGGCUGUCAAGUCUCUGAACAAGUCCACCGGACGUAAGCGUUUUGUGUUCAAGACUUUCUCCCAACGAGUGGAAGAAAUCGACAUAAACGUCUACCGAAGUCUCGACCCAUUGAAAUCGGAGCCUUCCAAAGGGUCUUCUUUUUUCAGAGACUGCCUUGUAGAAUGGCGGGAACUAAACACUGCAGAGGACUUCAUUUCAUUUUAUGAGGAAAUGAUGCCAUGGGUGCAAACAUUACCACAAGUUCUGUUGCACAAAGAAACAAUUAUGCAUAAGCUGCUUUCUAGGUUGCAAAUCAAGGCGAGAUUGUCACUUGAACCUAUACUCAGGUUGAUUGCAGCUUUAUCGAGAGAUCUCCUCGAAGAUUUUUGUCCCUUUCUGCAGAGGAUCACUGAUUGCAUAGUGUCUCUCCUUAAAGAUGGUGCUGAAAGGGAACCAGAAAUCCUUGAGCAGAUUUUUACGUCAUGGUCUUGUAUCAUGAUGUAUUUGCAGAAGUAUCUUGUAAGGGAUGUUGUUCAUGUGCUCAAGAUCACAGUUCAUUUAAGAUAUUACCCUAAGGAUUAUAUUCAAGAAUUUAUGGCUGAUGCAAUUUCUUUCUUGCUGAGGAAUGCACCUGAGAAGCAACUAAAGAAAGGUAUUAGGAAAAUCAUAAAUGAAGUUGUGAAGAGACCUUCAGAUGUGAGAAAAUCUGGGGUUAGUGCUUUACUUUGGUAUACUAUGAGAGGAACUCCAUCAAGGCUCCAUUCAAGAGCAGAGCAGGUUCUGCUGUUAUUGGUGAAUAAUUCUAUAUUUGAAAUUGGUGAUAAAUCUGCUCAAGGUUCAGAUACCAUUGUUGAGGUUGUAACUAUUACCUUUCAAAGAUUAUGCGAAGAGCUUCAACAGGAGUUGAAUUUGAUAUUUGAUUGCUUAUUAGUGGAAAUAUCUGAUUGUGUUAUUCAAGAACAGUUGUUGCACCUGACUCGUCUACUGUCUAUUCUUAUUUCUACUGUCCAGUUUACAACAGGAGGAAAAGUUUCAGAUUACCAACCAAUGCUUAAUCUUGUGGGGUUGCUUAUGAGGACAUAUAUCAAGCCUUCUGGCAAUGGGAUGGUAGAGGAUCAUUCUUAUGAUUUGGUCAAUAAAAUUCUUCAAUUUAUGUUGUGCCUUCUUGAUGGGCUCCACAAUUCCAAUGAUGCAUCAGCCAUUGCAAGCAUAUCUUCUCAAUGGGCUCCUAUAUUUGAAUUGAGAAACCCAUGUUUGCUAAAUUUUAUCAAAGAAUUACUGGGAAAGGAUCCAUCUCUGGCAUAUGUCUUUAGAAGUCAUAUAUUAAGUGCGUUGAGUGACAUGGUUGAAGCUUCACCAGAGGAAGUCAUGUAUUUGAUCCUGAUCUUUUUUGAAAGAGUGCAAGUGAAAAUGCAACUGUCUGACCACUUGCAUGGAACAUCUGGAGAGGUGACUUCAAAGAUGUGCAAUUUAUUCCAGAAGGAUAUAUGCCACUGGGUAAGGGAGAUAAAUGAUCUCGCUAAUGGGAAUUCACUAAAUAUUCAAUUCCAUGAGUCUAAGUUGGCUUUGCUCUGGGGAACUCUGAGUUGCUACCCUCAUAUUACUGGUACCCAAGCAGAAUCGUCCUUAAUAAUGGAUUUGGUAAAUGCACUUGAUCAACUUUUGAGAACUGGAGCAGAUAAAAUUGCAGGUCUUCCUAUACAAACUUGGCAAAGCUUAAUUGGCGCUGGUUUAGCUUCCUAUCAUAAAUUAAUUUUGGGUAAUACAGCUGAGCUUGCAGAAACCAGCAACUUCCUCCGUAUUGCAAGACAAUACAGAAGUUCCUCACAUAUAUUGUUUUCUGUAGCUGACUUUUUAGAUUCUGUUCAUGGUGCUAAAUAUCAAGAACAUCAAGGUCAUAAAAUAUAUCAUCCAGAGCUUAAGGCAGAGAAGGCUAUUGAUGCUGUCAAGUUAUUUUCUGAGAAUUUGUGCCAUUCAGAGAAGGAUCUUCGUCUUUCAACCCUAAGAAUAUUGUGCCACUAUGAACUUCUGGAUGCUCAGCUAUCCAAGAUGGAUGAGCCUCCCAAAAAGAAAUUGAAAACUGAUGGUUCACAGUUAUGCUGUGCUGAACUCCAGUGCCAUAACGUUGUUCAGCUCCUUUCAAUUGAAUCAACUCCACUUUCAAUUUCUACAAGCAGAAAAAUUGUUGUAUUGAUUUCUAGAAUACAGAUGGAUCUGUCUGCUGGGAGGAUCUCUGAAGCUUAUGCGCCUCUUUUACUGAAUGGGGUUAUUGGCAUAUUUCAUAAUCGCUUUGGCCAUCUAUGGGAACCAACAUUGGAAUGCCUUGUGGUUCUAAUAAACAAGUAUUGUACGCUUGUGUGGGAUAAAUUUGUUUGUUAUCUUGAACAAUGCCAAUCAAAGUUCCUCACUUUCUGUAGUGAACUUGGGAGCACCCCUCCUGGGUCCUCCAACAAAUCAUGUGAUCUGGUGGAGCGCUUCAAUUCAUUUGUUUCUCCCGAUUCUGAUAGUACACCAUGUGCAACAGUAGUAUCUUUAUUGCUUCAGUUAUUGCAAAAGAUUCCAACUAUUUCAGAGUCUCGGUCCCGACACCUUAUUCCUUUGUUCUUGAAGUUUUUGGGGUACACUAGCAAUGAUUUUGAGAGUAUUGGAUCAUUCAACUCAUAUGCUUGUAAAGUCAAAGAAUGGAAGGGAGUCCUUAAGGAAUGGUUAAAUUUGUUGAAGUUGAUGCGAAAUCCCAAGUCUUUAUAUUUAAGCAAAGUUAUUAAAGACAUUUUAAUCAAUAGGCUUCUUGAUGAGAAUGAUGCAAACAUACAGAUGCAGGUUCUUGGCUGCUUGUUGAAUUGGAAAGAUGACUUCUUAGUCCCAUAUGAGCAGCAUUUGAUAAAUCUAAUCAUUUCGAAAAGUUUACGGGAAGAGCUUGCAACAUGGACUUUGUCCAAGGAGUCCCCUCUUGUUCAGGAACAGCACAGAAUGGAUUUGAUUCCUUUGGUAAUCCGGAUAUUGAUACCAAAAAUUAGAAAGUUAAAGACACUGGCCUCACGGAAGAAUCCUAGUAUUCAUCACCGAAGGGCAGUUCUAUGUUUCUUGGCACAAAUGGAUAUUGAUGAGCUUCCUCUUUUAUUCACCUUGCUUCUAAAACCAUUGCAAUCCAACUUUACUGGAACUGAAGGUUCUCAUAAUUUCUUUUGGAGCCACAGAGUUUCCAUGGAUGAAUUUCAAGCAUCUGGUUUUAUAAAUUUUUUCAGCCUGGAUAAUACAGAUAGCUCGUCUUGGAAGAAGACUUAUGGUUUCCUGCAUGUCAUUGAAGACAUCCUCAGAGUUUUUGAUGAGUUGCACAUUAAACCUUUCCUUAACCUAUUGAUGGGGUUUGUUGUCCGGGUAAUGGAAAGCUGCACGUUGAGACUUGACAGUGCAAAGAGCAGUGGAUCUUGUCUAGUUGGAAAUUUUUCUAGCACCUACAUGGAUGUUCAUGACACGACCAGUGCAACAGAGAAUCCAACUAUGUCUAAUACAACUGUGAAGCAGUUAAAGGAAUUGAGAUCUUUGUGCCUGAAGAUCAUAUCUUUCACUCUGAAUAAGUAUGAAAGUCAUGAUUUUGGUGGUGAAUUCUGGGAUUUGUUCUUUAUAUCAGCAAAACCUUUGAUUGACAGUUUCAAGCAGGGUGGUUCUAGCAGCGAAAGACCAAGUUCACUGUUCUCAUGCUUUUUUGCAAUGAGUAAAAGCCAAGCGCUAAUCUCCUUCUUGUGUAGAGACAAAACUGUAGUUUCUUCUAUAUUUUCAAUUCUAACUGUGCAGACAGCAACUGAUGCUGUUGUAUCAUAUGUUCUUGGUUUCAUUGAGAACCUCCUGAAUCUCAAUAAUGAUUUAGAUCAUCAUGAAGAUAAUGCUGUAGAAAGAGUUCUACUCCCAAACCUCGAGGCACUCAUUUGUAGUUUGCACUGUCAUUUCCAUCGCCACAACAAGACUGCAAGAAAAUUGGUCAAGUGGCCUGAAAAGCGGGAGCUGGUGAUAUUCAAACUGUUAUCAAAAUAUGUAAAAGAUCCUUCAUUGGCAAGGAAAUUUGUUGAUAUUUUACUUCCCUUCUUAGCAGAAAAAGCUCGGAAAACAGAAGAGUGCAUGGAAGGUUUGCAAGUGAUUCAAAGCAUUGUUCCAGUAUUGGAAAAUGAUAUUAGUGGAGAAAUUUUAAAGGCCAUUUCUCCAUUUCUUAUUUCUGGUGGGCUGGAUGUAAGGUUGUCCAUAUGUGAUCUUCUUGAUUGUCUGGCUAUGAGUAACCCUUCCUUAGUCUUUCUGGCAAGACUUGUCCGUGAACUGAAUGCCAUCUCUGCAAUGGAAAUGGGUGAAAUGGAUUUUGAUACUAGAAUUAGUGCUUAUGAAAAUAUUAGCCCAGAGUUCUUCUCGACUAUCAAAGAUACUCAUGCAUUAAUAAUCUUAUCUCACUGUGUAUAUGAUAUGUCAUCUGAAGAAUUGAUUUUAAGGCAAAGUGCAUCCAGGUUGUUGCUCUCCUUCUUCCAGUUUGCCGCUCAAAUUUUGGGCAGUGAAGCCCAAGGUGAUGAACAAAUUUAUGAAGCUAGGGGUGAUGUUGACAUCUCUUGGACUAAAGUGUCUGUUCAGCGUAUCAUAGAAAAGUUCUUUCUAAAGCAUAUGGGGACUGCAAUGUGCAAGGAAGUUUCCAUUCAAAAGGAGUGGAUUGCUUUGCUCAGAGAAAUUUUGUUGAAGCUUCCAGAGAUGCGUGCUUUAAAUUCAUUUAGGUCUCUUUGCAGUGAAGAUGCAGAAGUUGACUUUUUCAACAAUAUUCUUCACCUACAGAAACACAGGAGAGCAAGGGCGUUGUCACGCUUUAGGAACAUCUUUAGUACUGGAGACUUUCCAGAGAACAUCAUAAAGAAAAUAUUUGUCCCGCUUUUCUUCAGUAUGCUUUUUGAUGUGAAAGAUGGAAAAGGAGAACAUGUUAGAAAUGCAUGCUUAGAGACACUUGCUUGUAUUUCUGGUCACAUGAAAUGGGAUUCAUACCGUGCAUUCCUAGUCAGAUGUUUUAAGGAGAUGACCUUGAGGCCUAACAAACAAAAGGUUCUAUUGAGGCUAAUUUCUUCUGUUCUGGACCAGUUUCAUUUCUCUGAAACUUGUUACAGACAAGGGCCAAAAGAUAAGGCUUCUGAGGAUUCAAGUCCUGGUAUUACUGGAAUGGGUUCCUCCAUCAUUUUGCACAGAUGUACUAAUUCUUCUGAGCUUACUGAGGUCCAAUUGUUCCUUCAAAAAACAAUACUACCAAAGAUACACAAAUUGAAGGAAAUACUGAAUGCUGAAUCUGAGGAAGUUAAUGUCACCAUCACUCUCGUGGAACUAAAGCUAUUGAAGUUGCUACCAUUGGACACCAUGGAAUCACAACUGCCGAGCAUCAUCCAUCACAUAUCUAAUUUCCUGAAAAAUCGUAAGGUAAGUGUUCGUGAUGAAGCCCGAUCUGCUUUGGCUGCUUGUUGCAAGGUACUUGGCCCAGAAUACUUUCAGUUCAUAGUUAAAGUUUUACGAGCAACCUUGAAGCGAGGAUAUGAGCUACAUGUACUGGGAUAUACUCUUAAUUUCCUAUUGUCAAAGUGUCUUUUCAAUCCAGUCAUGGGAAAACUGGAUUAUUGUUUAGAAGAGCUGCUCUCAAUUGCAGAGGAUGAUAUUCUUGGAGAUGUUGCGGAGCAAAAAGAGGUUGAAAAGAUUGCAUCAAAGAUGAAAGAAACAAGGAAGUGCAAGUCUUUUGAAACCUUGGAGUUAAUUGCUGAAGGCAUUAUGUUUAAAACACAUGCUCUGAAGCUGCUUUCACCCGUUAAAUCUCAUUUACAGAAGCAUAUUACACCAAAAAUGAAAGCAAAAUUUCAGACGAUGUUAAAUCAUAUUGCUGCAGGUAUCGAGAGCAAUCCAUCUGUAGAUUCAACUGACCUAUUUAUCUUUGUAUAUGGUCUCAUUGAGGAUGGUAGCAGAGAAGAAGAUCCACAGGGUCAUACAAUAAGCAAACCCGCUAAACAAUGUAGCAAUGAGUUAGCUAAUGAAAGCGAUUCCUCUGGCUGUGCUAUUGGCUCUGAAUCACAAAUUUCAUAUCUUGUUACAGUUUUUGCUCUUGGGGUACUACGGAAUCGUCUAAAUAACAUGAAGUUGGAUGGUAAAGAUGAAAAAUUGCUGUCACUGUUAGAUCCCUUUGUGAAGAUUCUUGGUAAUUGCUUGAGUUCUAAGUAUGAAGAUAUUUUAUCUGCUGCUCUUAGGUGCCUUACUCCAUUGAUACGAAUGCCAUUGCCAUCCCUUGAAGUCCAGGCUGAUAAGAUUAAAAUUUUGCUGUUGGAUAUUGCCCAGAAAUCAGGAAUUGUGAGCAGUCCUUUGAUGCAGUCAUGUCUAAGAUUGUUAACAGUGCUUCUGCGCUGCACCAGAAUUACGCUUUCUACUGAUCAACUGCAUAUGUUGAUCCAGUUUCCUCUGUUUGUGGAUCUUGAAAGGAAUCCUUCCUUUCUUGCACUUUCACUUUUAAGGGCAAUUGUUGGACGUAAUUUGGUUGCCCCUGAGAUCUAUGAUCUUGUCACGAAAGUUUCAGAAUUGAUGGUAACAACUCAAAUAGAACCAAUUCGCAAAAAAUGUAGCCAAAUUCUAUUGCAGUUCUUGCUUGACUAUCGUCUUUCUGAGAAACGCUUGCAACAACAUCUGGACUUCCUUCUUUCAAAUCUGAGCUAUGAGCACUCUUCUGGAAGAGAAGCAGUACUUGAAAUGCUUCAUGCCAUUCUGAUGAAAUUUCCUAAAAGUGUUGUGGAUGGGCAGGCCCAUACAUUAUUCCUCCAUCUUGUGGUUUGUUUGGCUAAUGAUAAUGACAAUAAAGUGCAUUCAAUGGUUGGUGCUGUGAUAAAACUUUUAAUUGCGCGUACUAGCCAGAAUUCACUUCAUCCUAUUUUGGAGUACAGUCUCUUAUGGUAUAUGGGUAAAGAGCAACAUUUAUGGUGUGCUGCAGCACAGGUCUUGGGAUUACUUGUCGAAGUCCUGAAGAAAGGGUUCCAAAGACAUAUUAACAAUAUAUUGCCAGUGACAAGGGACAUUUUUAAGCUUGCCCUUGGUGUUGUUAAAGAUAAGCAAAUGGAUUGUGCCAACGAAGAUAAAAUUCCAUUAUGGAAAGAAGCUUACUAUUCACUGAUUAUGUUGGAUAAGAUGCUUCUUCAAUUUCCAGAAUUAUAUCUAGAACGGAAUCUCGAGGAGAUAUGGGAAGCAGUUUGUAAUUUCCUGUUACACCCGCAUAUGUGGGUACGCAGCAUAUCAAAUCGUCUUGUAUCCUCAUAUUUUGCUACUUCAACAGAAAAUAGCAGAUUAAAUCCUGAGAAGUUGAAUAUGGAGACCUUUUUACUAAUGAAACCUAGUCGACUAUUUUGGAUAGCUGUUUCCCUCUUUCGCCAGCUUCGUGCAGGGAUAUCGGAUGAUGCAGCAAGCAACAUUAUUACCCAAAAUCUUGUUUUUGCUACAUGUGGGGUGCAUUCUUUAGUGGGACAGAUGGAAUGCAUGGACAUUCACAGGUUCUGGUCUGCUCUCCAAGUGCAUGAACAGGGAUACAUUCUUGCAGCUUUUCAGAUGCUUGGUGCAAGAAAAGAACGAACUGUCUUUGCAUCUCUUACUUCUAGCAAAUAUGAACAUGAUAAAGAAAGUAGUCAAGAUCUUCAAUCUUUGCUUGUCUCUCCUCUUCUUAAGAAAAUGGGGAAAAUGGCACUUCAAAUGGCAGAUACUCAGAUGAAGAUUGUUUUCAACUGCUUUAGAAUGAUUUCAGCACAGAUUGGUCAGGAAGAUUGCCAGAAAUAUGCAAUUUACAUGCUCCUACCCUUAUAUAAAGUUUGUGAAGGAUUUGCUGGCAAAGUUAUUACAGAUGGUAUCAAACAUCUGGCGGAGGAGGUGAGAGAGAGUAUGCGAGGAACAUUAGGUGCUGAGAACUUUGUGCAUGUCUACAAUCAGAUCAGAAAGAACCUCAAGGAAAAGAGGGAUAAGAGGAAGCAGGAAGAGAAGCUCAUGGCUGUAAUCAAUCCUGUACGCAACGCCAAGAGAAAGCUACGACUUGCAGCCAAACACCGUGCUCACAAGAAGAGGAAGAUUAUGACAAUGAAGAUGGGUAGAUGGAGAAGUUAGGAGGUUUCUUGUACCUAGUUCUGAAAUCCGUAUAGAGUGUAAAGUACUGGCCAUUCGAGUGAAUUGCACCAGCAAGGGGUUUUCAGGUAGUGUUUGCAUCAUCGCAUACAAAUGUAAGUGGGCAAUGGAUCCGCUGUUUGGGGGAGAGAGAG